GUGCUCCAUACAUACAGCCAGCUGUCAUCGGCAGUGCGACCUUGAAAAGGAAUCUCUCGUUGGCCUCGAAAGUGCGUAUCAGCUGAUGAUUUGCCGUGGUUCGCACAGUCCAGCGGUAUGUGUUUCCGAUUAAACAGUACGGCCAGUGCGGAUCAGAGCUCUAUGAGCAGCGGAACAGACGAGGACGACAAGGAAGAUGAGGCUGCGGGUGGAAAGUUUACCGCCGAGCUGCCAAUUGGCCGUGACCGGAUACCGAUCGUUUAUCGGCCCGAGUAUGGUGUACGGUUUCUCGGCCUCCAGAAGCUACACCCGUUCGAUGCGGCCAAGGGUGGCAACAUCUAUCGGCUGCUGAAGACGAACGGGUUGAUACAAACCGACGGGGAUGUGUACGCGCCUAACGAAAUCACGCUCGAGGAGCUGUUGGCCGUUCAUACGCAGCGUUACAUCGACAGCCUGAAGUGGAGUUUAAAUGUGGCCAAAAUCGCCGAAAUACCGCCGCUCCUGUUCGUGCCAAACUGUUUCGUGCAGCGAAGCUAUCUGCGCCCGAUGCGCUACCAAACGGGCGGCUCACUACUGGCGGCCCGUGCCGCCCUCGAAUCCGGGCUGGGCUGGGCCAUCAAUUUGGGCGGUGGGUUCCAUCACUGCAGUGCCGACCGGGGCGGUGGGUUCUGCCCGUACGCCGACAUUACGCUGGCGGUGAAAAUGCUCCAAUCGAGCGGCAAGGGCAUCGAGCGCAUCCUGAUAGUGGAUCUCGACGCGCACCAGGGCAAUGGGUACGAGCGGGAUUUGAUGGAGGAUCGGCGCGUGUUCAUCCUGGACAUGUACAACUAUCGCAUCUACCCGCGGGAUCAGCACGCCAAACUGGCGAUACGGAGGGCGGUCGAGCUGAAGCCCCACACGGACGACGAGGAGUACCUGCGGAAGCUGAAGCACUGCUUAAGCCAAUCGAUUGCGGAAUUUGAGCCGAACUUUAUCAUCUACAACGCCGGCACCGACAUCCUGAAGGGUGAUCCGCUGGGCCUGCUAGACAUCACGCCCGAGGGUGUGGUGGAGCGGGAUGAGUUUGUGUUUCGCAGCGCGCUGGAACGCUCCAUCCCGCUGGUGAUGCUGCUGAGCGGUGGAUAUUUGCGCAGCUCGGCACGUGUCAUAGCCAACUCGAUCGUGAACUUGCGCGACAAAGCUUUGCUGCCAACGGUCCAGUAGAUGAUGGGAACUGCUUUUAAUGGAACACAAAAGUGUUAAAAAGAAAAGAAAAACGAUAUGUGAUGCUAUUUGUACUUAAAGACAUACAUUUUCCAACGCAUUGGUGCUCUCUAGAUGUGCAUUUACAUCUUUCUGUUCCAUUAGAUUGGAUAAACCCCAAAGAGAAUAGAUAUUUUUUUCCUAUUACCAAGCUAAUUGAUAA